UGGCCUCUUUCACCAGCAAACCCCUCGAUCUUUUCCAACCGUUCUCCCCGCGCGAAUCGAGCUUCUAUGCCUCCGACCUCCGGAGACGCCCAGACUCCUGAGCCCAAAAGCACAAAUGGACUUGUCAGUGUCUUCAAGAGUUUGACUGGCGGAAAACAAUCCCGCAGUCCCAGUUCGCACACUCCCGCUCUGAUAGCUCCUCGACUCAAUGGCUUGAGCAGUUCCCCGCCUACAAACUUUGGAGGUCCUCCGAACUAUGAAGAGUUAUAUGAACAGUUGAAGAUCGGGAAUCCUCUUCCAGAUCGACUUGCGGCAGCAGAGGCGAUACGCCAUGCUGUUCAAGACUUUCCUCUGAGCGGUAUAACAAGCAUAUUCAAAGAAGGGAAGGAUCUCAUCGAACCGACGAAAGCACCAGAAGCUCGAAAUAUUGGGUUUCAGCUUCUCACUGCAUGCGUUCAAAAUACAUCCUCGACUGAUCCGGAGCGAUUAGCUUACUUCCAAGUCCUCACUGCCCCAGCGAACCCCGAAGACUUUCACCUACAACUUGCAUCUUUGGUGGAAUUGGCGAAACACGGCAAAGAUUUGUCGGGCUUCCACUACCAUACAAUACCACUCCUGACAGCUUGGCUACGAGAAUGCUUCAACGCUACCGCGUUGGCCCGUCGCUCAUUACCUCGAAACAAAGCGAAAAGUAAAGCUCCGCUUGGCGAGGAAUCCAACCUAUCUUUGCUCUUUGCAUUCAUUGUGGAUGUCAUAAAAUUCAGCUUCAACGUUUCGAGCGAUGAGACUGCCGGGGACCUUAUUGAUGUGGUUCUCUACAUAUGCCUACAAACGCCGGUAGCGACUGAUUUGAGAGCUUGUAUCAAUGUCAUUGAUACAAUCGUCACCUAUGGGGAGAUUCCAAAGAACAAACUUGUUGACUGCGUCAAAGUUUUGUGUGCUAUUCAUUGCCUGGUGGAAGCUGUGGAACAAGAAGCAUGGCGCUCGAUCAGGACCCUCUGCCGCUCGCAUAAUGGCCAGACAACUGUUAGGAUUCUUCUAAAUAUACUUCGCGAUCCACCAGCAACUGGAGGUCCUGGCAAGCAUGCUAUUCGUGAAAUCCGGGGAGCUUUGUCGGUUUUAGAAAAGUUGUUCACGAAGAGCAGUGAAAAGGGAUAUCCCCUGGUACCCUUCACACUCCUAGUACACGCUCUCAACAAAGUCGUGUCAAUAAGACACACCAAAGUUGAGGCGGAUGCAUUGAAACUCAUCCUAUCUUUGUUCGGUGACGAAGGCGACGAAGUCCCAGACAAUGUGAUGGAAGAGGAUUGGGCUCUGAUGUUUGAUGUAGUGGUGAAAUGCUCGCGACGAGCGUUGGAGACAUCUGACGGUAGCCCAGUUGCUACUAGGUCUCGAAUGAUAAGCCCCAUGGGCCAGGAAGAGAUAAGCGAUCGAAAUUUGGUGACUACUCUGGGGCAAACACUCUACAGUCUCAUCGUUCGGGUAGAGCAACUCCUAGUCAGGUUCAAGGGCAGCGACUUCUACCAGCGCGAAGACUGCAUGAACUUCUUCGUCCAAGUUCAUGCUCACCUACCUGAGUCCUGUGCCGAACUGGUCAUUGAUUACUUCAUGGACUAUAGGUUAUGCUACCCUACAGAUCUAGAUUGGAAGAGAAAUAUUAGGACAAUCCUCGAGGCCUUCUUCGAUGAUCGCUCCCAGCCAACACCUAUUCGACUCCACGCGAUCGAAGCUGUCACGGACGUCUAUCAGGUCGUGGAAAUGAUGGAUGAUCAGGAAGACCCUAAUCUCAUACCUGAUUUUGUUUCGGCACUGCUGGAUGACACGGGCGACGAGAAGGAUAUUGCAGUGUUACAGGAGCUAGUUGCCUUCGCCGUAUCCGUUGCUGAAAAGGCUGAACGUCCCCUGUUCGACAAGGUCAUCUAUGCUAUUCGUGGGAGCGUCACAAGUGAUCGUCUUCAAUCCCCGCUUGGAUCUCCACCCGCAUCUCGACACGGCUUAAGUAGGCCUGUAUCUUCAGCUGUGCCCAAUCCUAAUUUGGUCCAGACUCCAUCAAAUGUUGUCACGAAAGGCUUCAUUCAAAUUUUCAUGAGAACCAUGGAUAAAUCCACCUUCAAAGCUCUUCGGAUGUUCGAGGAAAUACUCUCUAUCGCCAAGUCUCCUGACUGCGAGACAGAUGCGCGUAUAUCAGCCAUGAAGAUGCUUUUCCGCUUACGAGCAGACUGGGCGAAUAGAGUCUUUUUAAUUCCCCAGACUGAAUCUGAGGGCUUGGCAGCAUCUUUGUAUCGAACAACAGGUUCAUUAGCCAGAAAGCACGCUGCUGACGAAGCAGCACAGCAGCAGCGCUUGUCUAGAAAUGAAGAUGCUAUCUCUCGUCUAUCGCGGAGUACUUCCUUUAGUCAAGGACAUUCUCAACCUAGACAGCCUGUCCGAUUGGGAAGUGGUGCUAGCAGGACUCUCCAAAGAAAUCACCAAAUGUGGAUGUAUCCAGACCCAGAAGCCCUCCCAGAAAGUCCCUCUGACAACUUAAGCUCGCGGCUGAUUUCCAUCGCCAACGAUGAAGAUGAUCAUAAGGAUGAUGAAGCGAAUGAGAAGGUUCUAGAGGAUGGUGGUACUGGUGAAGGAUCCGAACCCGAAAAAGAGCAAAUUGAAACCAGCUCACCCCUGAAGCACCAGGCGACGCUAAAUAUUGGAAUGUACGUUGAGACUGUGACUAGACUUCUGGAGAAUCAGUGCGACUGGGAGGUCUAUAGCUUCAUUCUAGUUCACCUGCCCUCUCAGUUGACAAACCAAGCUCUCUUCAGAAGUCAGAGUGCGAUUAAGAAGAUCAAGGAAUUGAGGAAGGUGCUAUGUGAUCUUCUCAAGAAUGAUAGCUUUCAAGAGCCGCCGGGCUCAUCAGGUCUUCGUAAAGCCGACGUGGCAAUCUGCCUCUUCCAGGUAUUGAACAUGGUCAUGGGCUAUCACCACCAUUUUUUCAAGAAUGACCAAGAUGAAAUUGUUCGAACGUUUGUGCUAGGAAUAGGAUCAAAUUGGGAGCGAACUGCCAAAUGUUGCAUCCACGCUCUCUCCAUAUGUUGUCAUGAGAUGCCUGGAUCGACAAGCAAGUCACUGAUGACCAUUCUCCAAAAGAUGUCAACAAUCAUCACGCAGUCUCAGGUUGCUGUUCACAUUCUUGAGUUUCUGGCCUGUCUUGCUAGGCUGCCCGACCUUUAUGUCAAUUUCAGAGAAGAAGAGUACCGAACGGUGUUUGCAAUUUGUUUUCGUUACCUCCAGUACGUCAGAGACCAACCGGCCAAGGAAGGGUCUUCUCGCAGCAGCUAUCCUCAUGCGAGGAAUUCUGCGGUCAUUACAGAGCACAGUGUGUUUGAGAGCAACCUCCAACCGAAUACAUCAGACGAUCUACCGCAAUAUGUAUAUGCACUGGCUUAUCAUGUCAUUAUAUUCUGGUUCCUGUCACUAAAGCUUAAUGAUCGAGCAGGUCAAGUCAGUUGGAUUGCCAAAAAUCUCGUCUCAAUAGAUGCCAACGGCAAAGAAAGAAUGGACGAGCAGGCGCAAGCUACGCUUGACUUUAUGCAGCGCGUCGCCUAUGCAGAUGUCGACGAUUCGAGAGCAGAUCCUACCUUUACGUCUGACCGGUUUGGCGAGAUCUUGAAGAAGCGAUGGAUAGUCGGCCAGAGUGUCGUGACUGUGGAACAAGCAACUAGGGGCGGUUGGGCUCAAAUCACAAAACGCCAGCCGUCAGGAACUUCGUGCUACAUAAUCCGCGAGAAAUUCAGCCGGCCUCCAGCACACCAGAGUCCAGUUUCAGCAGAUUCCACGAGAGAAUCUCAGCACUCUGAUAAUAACAUGGUCCUCCCAAGUCACCUCUUGCUGCAGUUGACCGCCUCAAUCCCUCAGGCUGCGGAGUCGAUUCGUCCGAUUCCAUUACCCAUGGAUACUGCUAUGGACCGAGCAAUCAAAUCAUUGGAUCGCAACUUCACUGUCGAUGGCCACAAAGUAGGUGUGGUAUAUGCUGGUGAAAAUCAAACGCACGAAGUCGAGAUUCUGGCAAACAUCAUGGGCAGUACUGAUUACACCGACUUUCUCACUGGUUUAGGCACCCUUACGAAACUGAAGGGUGCUGAUUUCAACACCCAAGGCUUAGAUCGCUUUGGCGACUCUGAUGGCGAAUAUGCAGUCUGCUGGCGUGAUCGUGUGUCAGAGAUCGUUUUCCACGUUACGACUCAAAUGCCAACGAAUCUUGAGCGUGAUCCGCAGUGCAUUGGCAAGAAGAAACAUAUUGGUAACGAUUUUGUCAAUAUCAUAUUCAACAACUCCGGUCAUCCAUUUCAAUUCGACACCUUCCCUUCGGAAUUCAAUUAUGUAAACAUUGUUAUUACUCCAGAGUCGCGAGCCUCGUUCGUUGCCACCCGGUUUCGCUCGAAAGCAAAUGCAAAGAGCGCAUUUUAUAAAGUACAAGUUAUGAGCAAGCCAGGAUUUCCGGAGAUCUCGCCGGCUGCGGAGACAAAGAUCAUGAGCUUGGAGGCCCUGCCAGGCUUUAUACGCCUCCUAGCCCUCAAUGCCUCGGUGUUCUGUCUCGUAUGGGCAAACAGGGAGGGAGGAGAGAAUGUGUCGUCAUGGCGAAACCGGUUACGUGAGAUCAAUCGACUGAAAGAGAAAUACGGGCCGAAGCCCUCUACUUCAUCAACCACCACGCCCCCAGGCACCGCGAAUGGUGUAAAUGUACGAGAUAGUGUCACCAGUCUCCGACGCUCGUCGGUCGCGAACUUCCUGACCAACACGAACGAGUCCAGUUCUCAGCGGUCAUCGGUUCUUUCAACGGCCGAGACGCAAGUUGGCGGUAGUGGAGGGGAUAGUAUUGUGGAUAGUCUAGACUUUUCGAAAUGGGCGUAA